AAAUUUUCGCAUAAGCAAAGCUGUAUAUGUCAAACCCAGACAACUAUGUUAUAUCUUGAGCUAUCAUUCUCUAGCUGUUGAGCUAAGUUUACAAAAUGGGACUCCUUCCAUGUCCUUUAUUUCGCAGCAAAGACAAAGAACAACCUCAAUCUCUAUUCCGAUCACAAUCUCAGCCACACUCCAAUUUUCUCCACUCACAAUCAUCAACUUCUUCAUCCCUCUCUUCUCAACCUAGUCUUCCAUCAGUUCCAUCUCUAACACCACCAUGUUCUCAACAACAUGAACAAACCUCGGUCGUCCACCACCGGUGCUUAGCCAUACUUAAAGGCCACUCCUAUAUAUUCUCCCUCAUUCUGGACGGAAAUAUCCUCUAUAGUGGCUCUUCUAACAGCGAUAUACGAUCAUGGAGCAAAGACCCUUCUGCAGAUGAAAAUCCAACUGCCUUAAACAUAAUAGCUACUAGUAAUGGAGCUGUGAAGUCAAUAGUUGUUAUAGGAGACGAGCUCUUUAGUGCACAUCAGGAUUGCAAGAUUCGUGUAUGGAAAAUUGGUAGUAACGACAACAAUAAACAGCACAAGUAUAAUUGCAUAGCCACUCUCCCCACGAUGAAUGAUCGUUUCUUGAGAUUCUUUUCAUCUAAGAACUAUGUACAAGUGAGGAGACACAAGAAAUGCACAUGGGUUCAUCAUGUUGACACUGUAUCAGCUCUAGCAGUAUCAAAAGAUGGCUCUUUUCUUUUUUCUGCUUCAUGGGACCGAACGUUCAAAAUUUGGCGAACCUCGGAUUUUAGAUGUUUAGAGUCAGUAGCGAAUGCACAUGAUGAUGCAAUCAAUACCCUAGUAUUGUCCAAUGACGGAUUUGUCUAUACGGGUUCAGCCGACAAGAAGAUUAAGGUAUGGAAGAAACAAGCAGGAGAGAAAAAACAUUCACUUCUUGCAACAAUGGAGAAACACAAGUCAGCAGUUAAUGCUUUAGCUCUGAGUGCAGAUGGGUCAGUGUUGUAUUCUGGUGCUUGUGAUCGAUCAAUUCUUGUAUGGGAAAAGGAUGCUAAUGUUGGUGGAGAAAUGGUGGUGGCAGGUGCGCUUAGAGGGCACAAUAAGGCAAUUUUAUGCUUGGCAGUUGCGGCAGAUUUGAUAUGCAGUGGAUCAGCUGUUAGUACAAUUAGAAUUUGGAGGAGAUCAGGAGUAGAGAAGACGAAUUAUUCUUGUUUGGCAGUGUUCGAAGGACAUAGAAAAGCAAUUAAGUGCUUGACGAUUACAGGUAUGGAUGGCAAGAGUAUCAGCAGUGGCAAAGGUGAUGGUUCUAAUUCUGCAGGCACAUCUUAUCUUGUUUACAGUGGUAGUUUGGAUUGUGAUAUUAGAGUUUGGCAUAUUUGGGUUCCAAUUCUUUGAUAUCAUUCAAAUAUAUUUCUGUAUUUGUAACCUUGAUCAAUUGUAUAUAAGGAUGAAAGACUCUGCGUCUAUUUUUAGUUUA